ACAGGAUGUACUAGAUGACAUGAAUCAUGACAAAACGAUGCUUGUAUCAAUCUAGUCAACGCCAGAUGUCAAUUCAGUGAGUUACCAGUUAUGAACAACAAUAACAACUUUCUUGAGAUAAAACCAAAUCAGUCUCUAAUGUCGUGAUCGUGUCGUGAUAAUGUCGCGGUUCAGUGACUUCUGCUUAAAUCUGAAGAACAAUGCACACAAAACCAGAUUCCUUUUAACGUUUUAUUAAUCUAACACUACUGUAUAUAUGAAUGACAUAAUAUGGAAAUACUCGAAUAAACAGAACAGAAAAUAAGAAAACAAUCAGAAUGAGAUGAUCAGCGAUGAAUGAAUCAAUGAGUGAAAGGACAAGGAAUGGUCAAGACCUAAGUGUGUGUGAUGGCUUUGAUCAAGCGAAAAGAGUAUUUGUUUCAAACUUAUACAAAUGUAAGGAUAAUUAAUGAAUUUGGAAUGUUAAAUUUUAGCGCUUUGAGAAACGCCAGAAUUCUCAGAGGAUCAGAGACGUUCGUCUUGCUUAAGUUUGGAGCUGUAGUCGCUGUGCAGCGUCUCCCGUUACAGCUUUGUUGAGCAGGCAUCACUUUGGUACUCAAAUAAGCAGAGAAGUCAGAAUGGUUAAACAGCAAUAUCAAAUGCAUAGAUAAUUAAGGUUUUAUACAUGGUCCCUUAAAAGACUGUAACAAAUUAAAGGUUAUUUAUCAUGACUGGUCUUGUCUUAUGUAACACCAAGUAAACACUAAAACAUACACAAAUAAUAAAUGCAAGCAAAAUCAAAUUAUAAGUGGCUUAAUCUAGACAUUACUAAUUAAACAAUUGUAACACUUAGAAAUGUAAUACAAUAACGAGGAUACCUAAUUGUAGCUGGUGGACGUAGCCUACAGUAUAUGCAUGUUGCCCAGAUUAAAAAAAGUAAAGAAGGUGAGUAUCUGUAUUUCAACUUUAUACAUUCACACAAAGGAAUGCAUGGUGAUAAGUUGAAGUCCCUUUAUUGUUCUUGAGGAAUUUCAAUGCAAAUCUGUAGAUCAGGCAUUUAACGUCACACAGAAACCAAUCUAUUAUCAAAUGAUAACGUUUUGUCCACAGAAUACAAUGGCAUCAGUUUCAUGGAAGUUGGAAGUUCUUGUGCAUCUGAACCAGAACUUGUGUCUAAAUAAAGUCUCUUGUUCUCUUAAUGAGCACAUUCCACAUUUUAUGGCUGGUGGUCCCAGUUCUGGGAGAGACAGCUUCUCUGUGAUAAAUGUGACAGCCUGUCGCCUUUUUGGAUGAUAAACACAGGGUGAAAAUCUGUUUCAGAGGUGAAAUCCUGUGAGAUUUACAGGUAGAUCAACAAAGUGGGCUCAUCGUUCUUUGAUAUGGACAUGUGAGAUGUUGGCGCCAAUUGGUGCCUGUUAUGAUAGAAACCAGUCUCCUGUGGUGGAGAAAGAUUCAGGGUUCCUCAUCUCUGGGGACUGGAGUGGACAUAGAGGCUUUUCAGUGAGGAAGUUAAGUUCACAUGUAGGUCAGGUUACCUCAGUCCAGACGUGGAUUGCUACAACAGGCAAACAGGACAUUGUGUUAACUACUACUGUGAAAUUAUAAUCACAAAUAACAGCACUAUUAAUUACUUAGUUGAUAGGAAAGUAAAAUAAAACAAAGCCUUCCAGCACAUAUUCACAGGCUCUACUGUAAAGUGAAUGUCUAUUAAAUGUGUCAUUCAGCUUCCACAGACUGUCCUCUCUAUGUGGACAUCUAAAGAUCGUGAGUUAUGGCUCUGAUGAAACCUCACUUCUCUUGCAGAUAAUUUUGUAUAAUACGUUAUUAAUGUUCUACAGUAUGCUCACUGGUUUUGUUGUUGCUCAAAAAGUCUUCAGUAUCAACAUUAUUAUCAGGAUCAGGAGAUCAGGAUCCCACUGCAGGACCCCAAACAUGACCGGAUCUGAUUUAUUCUAACCAGAGUUUUGAAAGGCCUGUUAUUCCAUUACACUAUUAAAAUCACUUUACGGGCAAAGCAUAUUUACUUUAAGUACCUUUCCAUUUUAUCAUAAUAACAAUAAAUACAUAUAACAGCAUUUGACGCAUAAUUUGAACCAAGUGCCAGCAAAAUUGAGACAAUUUAGGGAAAAAAAUUAAAGAUUCAGAGAAGAAAAGCUGAAUGGCUGUAUUUUUGCCUUCAUAGACAGUAAUGCCCUGCAGUAAUUAGGCACUUAAUUGUGCUCUUAUUAAAACGUUUUGCAUGAAACAGCGAACGCUACCACAGCAUGUGAUGUCCUACAGCCAUCAUCUUCCAACCUGCAGACCAGACAUCCCAACACCUUCUUUUUGAUUUCUUCAAUCAGGGACUUCAAUCAGGCCAGCCUCACAAAGUGCUGAACUCACAGACCGCAUCACAGGUUAUAUUAAUUUCUGUGUAGACACCCAUGCAUCUGAUAAAACCUUUUGCUGCAUUCCUGAGAAACCUUUGCUCAUUUGUCAGUUUCCUGAGUUUCCUGCAGAGACAAGCCUCUAGACUUGUUUGAGGAAAUUGCAUUUGGUUGAGAAGUGUAGAAGAAGUGGUCAUCUGGUUAGGGUUGUGUCACCACUUUUCACCACACAUCCACCCUGGCUUCCUGGCUGCACCUCCUACUGGGGGAUGGGUAAAGGAGUCAUGCUCUGCCGCUUGUGGCAUUCGUUUUUGCCUCCACUGUUACAGUGCCCCUCAGUUCACUUCUUUUCUACUUUUUUGUAGACUUUUUAUAGACUUGCUGUCAGAUUAUUUUAGAAUAAUUAAAUUUUAAAUAACUUUCUUGUGCUGACAGUAUAUUUUUGAGAAGUUGAGUGAUUAGAACUAGAUUUGGCAGAGGUGGACUCCUGUUUGUGCAUUUGAAAGGGAUCGAAAAAUUUUGAUGUUUUUGGACAUGGAUGAAAAGGAUGUUCCUACUACAUUGAGGGAAUGGGGCUUUCCAGACUGGAUAGAAAUAUUUGCGGGCUAUACCAUGGCAAGAUUCCUGUGUCUUGAAGAUGAAGACAUCAAUAAAUUGAUCCCACAUAUGGGACCAAGUAGAGCAACGCUAAAGUGGAAUCUCAAAUUGUUAAAGGGGAAGCAUAAAGUUAUUUAUCAGGGAGUGGAAGACGUUUCUAAUCAAGAACAGGCUGUUGAAGAAGCAGCAGAUUGUGCUCAGGCAGGACCAUCCACCAGUAACCUAAGUAAUAAAGGUGGGAUACAAAAAUGUUCUGUUAGACAAGACAAAAGAAAGUCUGAUCUUCAAGGAAACCACCCACCGACAAAGAAGAGACGUGACCGUGAUGGACCACUCUCAGAGGAGGACAUACUGUCUAGUGUGAAACACAUCAUGGAAAAUGUCUAUAGGACACUGCAUUUGACAAGCAAAACAAGAUUCAAGGCUUUCCUGAAGAACAAGAUUUGUGAUUUGAAGAUUGACAAAAGGGAGGUCAUCGGUGUCUUUGGCAAAACUGGAGAUGGAAAGAGUUCUCUGAUAAACGCAGUCAUUGAAGAGUUUAACCUUCUGCCCUUUGGAAGCAUCAUAGCAUGUACCUCUGUCAUGAUUAAAGUGGAGGCCAACAGAAAUCCCAAGUAUGAGGCAGAGAUAGAGUUUAUUACACCAGAGACUUGGGAAAAUGAGCUUUGGUCCAUGAGAAGAAUUCCAAUAGAUGUCCUAAAAAAUGAUCUUGAAAUUAGUAAGAAGCUGUCAGUUGUGUAUGGUGAGAAAUGGGAAAGCUUAAUCCAAGACACUGUCAACCUCAUUGACAACAAAUAUUUCAAGGAAAUCCCAGAAUUUCUCCGUCAUAAGAGCAGGACUCUGAUAUGUGACUCUGCUAAAGAACUGAAAGUCGAAUUAAUCCAGUACACAAGAAGUGAGUCCAGUGAGGUAAAAGUGAAGAGGUGGUACUGGCCCUUGGUGAAGUGUGUGACUGUCAGGGUGCCUAAUAAUCCUCUUCUCCAGCACGUCACACUUGUGGACCUUCCUGGAAAUGGGGACCGUAACAAGAGCAGAAAUAAAAUGUGGAAAAAGUUUGUUGGAAGUUGCUCCACUGUCUGGAUUGUGGCUGACAUUAAUCGAGCAGCAUCAGCAUUAGAAGCCUGGGAGAUAUUGGAAGAUGCCUGUAGUCACAUAGGCAAUGGAGGCCAGUGUCAGCGAAUUCACUUCAUCUGCACCAAGACUGAUCGUUGUGAAAACUGGAAAAAUGAAAUCGUGGCAGCCAGAAAACUAGUUUUCGAGGAGUUCAACAGACAAAACACUGUCAAGAAAUAUUUCAGUAAUGAAUGUUUUAAAGUCUUCACGGUGAGCUCCACAGAGUUCAAGGAAAGAACCUUUCUACAGCCAGAUGAAACUGAAAUACCCAAACUUCAGGAAUUUCUUCGAAACCUCAACGACUGUCACUCAGAGACAUUAAACUAUGUUUCUGGAGCUUAUGGGAUUCUCUCGUUGAUGCAAGGAGCCCGCAGCAGAGACACUGCUGACAUCAAAGCAGAGGUGUGCUCAGAACUUGAAGGAAAGUUAAACAAUGAACUUAAUAAAAUCAGAAAAACCAUGCGAGAGACUUUUCUGGCUUUUAAAAAAAGUCUGACUGAGGGAGUUGAAAAUUCAAAACGUUCAUGUGAAAAAAACCUGCAAUCUGUCAUAAAACCAAAACAAAGUGGUAGCAGUUUCCAUCCAACAUUAAAGUGCCUAGUUGAGCAAAAUGGUGUCCACAAAACGACCAAAGGAAAACUCAUUAACCUCAAUGCGAAGUUAUGCUCAGACCUGACUGACAGCAUUGACGAGGAGUUCAGGGACACCUUCCCGAAUCAAGACGAUUGUUCACCAUUCAAUGGAGUCAUCAGUGCGUUUUCCCUGGACACAAGGAAGCUGAUUGAAAACUAUAAAGCAGUUAAACUGCAACUUAUAUUUCUCAAGACAGAGGAACAAAACAUUCAGACAAGACUAAACAAAAUCAUUCUUUAUGGGAAGAAAACAGUCUACAACAGUCUCACUGAGACGGUCAGGAAAGCUAUGAAAAAUGGAUAUAAAGAAGCAGCUGAAUUCAGCGGAGUGAACAUGUUGAAGAACAUGAGGGAGACACUGGAGAAGCAUUUUCAUGCUUCAAGGGACAUCAUGUUUGAGGAGGCUGCACGUGUUAUGUUACAGAACCUGAAGAAGCUGAUGGAGGGAAUCUUAAAGGAACUGAAAGAAACCCUGACUGAAUCAAUUGAGCUGUCACUCAAGACAGAUGAACGCUUGAUUAUACCAGAUCUCGCAGCAGAGCUUAAACAGGUGGAGCAAUAUUACAACCAACUGAUGGACAGAAAUUAAAAAACGGCUGCACAGUGCAGAGAAACAGCUGAAGAUUGAACCUAUCCAAUGUCUCUGCAGCCACAUCUCUUGAUUCUGUCUCAACCACUUUAACCAAGUUAUUAUUAUUUUUUUCUUAAUAAUUGUUUUUAUAUUAAAUAUUUUUUCUUUAGUUGAUUAUUACAGUAUGUCAUUUUAUAUUGCUUUUUUCUCUUUUACGAUAUUGUCGACAUUCAGUUAGUGUAGUGGGAUAAGGGCAGUGGCUUAUAAAUAUUUAUAAAUAUUUAUUGUAGGCACAGUAUGGCCCAUUUUUAACAGAUCAAAAUUUAAGGAUGUGACCACCCUUUUUAUUUCAUUCAUUUAUUACUGCAUAUAUUAGAAGUACAAAAAAUGAAAAUAAUAAUCUCACUUAUUGAGUUUUUACUGUUCUGCUUCUACAGUAAAUAUAAAAGUGUAUUGGAAAUGAUUUUCAAAAAUGUUUUAAGGAAGUUCAAGGGACCACAUGUUGUUUAAAACAUCAUAGUGAAUAGAAAUCAAAAUGAAAAACUGCUAAUUGUUCUCUGAAAGUUUCUUUCCUUUCUAGUUCUUACAUGUACUUUUUAAAUCAUUGCAUGUUGAUUUAUUUUUCCUUCAAUCAAUAAAAGUAAUGAAUGUA